AUGGAGUCGUCGGCAGCGCUCGAGGCCGCGACCCGCACGUUCAAAGGCCUCUCGGACGCCAAGACGCGCGUCGAUCACGCCACGCGCGACGACGCGUCGUUCCCCGACCUCGCGGACCAGCUAAGCGCCCCGUCGGAGCCGCAGAACUACUUUUUUGAACCGUAUGCCACGCAAUGGAUGCCCCAGCUCGCGAAAAAAGGGUCCGUGAUCCCUCUCCCCGGCGUUGUUGCCGCGGCGCUGGACGAGACACAGACACUGGCGCUCUCGGGUCUGGUGCCCGAGAUCCGCGCGGUCUGGACGUCGGUCGACGCGCGGCUGUUCCUCUGGAGCUACGCCCAUCGCGGCCGCUUUGCAGCCAGAGAGUUUGAUCAGGCCGUUGUGGCGGUCGGCCUCGUGGCGCGGCCAGCGGCCGGUGUGUUUACGGCCAAAGUGUCGCACGUGCUCGUGGUGGCCACGACGGUAGAGGUCGUGCUGCUCGCGGUCGUGGCCGAGAACAACACGUCCGAGACGACGGCCCACGCGGGCUUUGUCAAGCUCCAGGCGACGAAACUCAGCGUGAGCACCGACAAGUGUGUGGUCCGUCGCAUCGUGACGACGCGCAGCGGUCGCAUCUUCUUUGGCGGGUCCGACGGGGCGCUCUACGAAGUCGUCUACGCACCCGAGCAAAAAGCCGCGGCGGACCGCAAUUCGCUCCUUGGGGCCGCGUGGACCAACGUCUCGGGUGCGAGCGGAGUCGACGAGUGCAGAAAGAUUACGCACACGUCGAGCUACGCGCAGUAUCUGCCAAAGUUUCUUGCCGGGUUAGCCAGUGCGCCUGGAAAAGUCGUUGACAUGUGCGUGGACCACGCGCGGCACAUUCUGUACGUCCUGCACGACGAUGCGCUCGUGAGUGUCUUUGACUUGGGAGCCAAUGGAGACGAGUGCAAGUCCGUGUGCGUUGUCAAUUUGUUGGUGGAUGGUGCAAAGUAUGCGCGUGAGAACCGCCGGACGCGUGUCUCGUGCCCCGACGAGCGGCUUUUCCAGCCGGCAGUCACUGGAGCGUCCACUGCAAUGAAGAUCGUGGCACUAGCAGCUGUUUCUCCGGACGAAUCGAAAGUGGUCACACUAGUUGCCGUGACGUCAAACGGCAUCCGAUUUUAUUUGACAGCUUUCUCGCGGCGGCAUCUGUAUUCCGAACCUGGCAGUCAAAGCAAAGCCAAGCGCCCAUCGAGACUUGAGAUUCUCCACAUUCGACUACCGCCCCCGGCGAUCGCACUGCGCGAUGCACCGCCAUAUCAUGCCAAGGAGGGUAUGCAACCAGGUUACGCUCCAGGCAAGAGCCCCGAAGCUGUGCACGUGGCAUUUCAUCGCAAAGGUGUGUUUUUGUGCAUCGAAGGACGACGAGAUGAACAGGAUCAACUUGUGGGUAUUGCGUAUGACCCCGUCCGCACCACAGCGCUUCCUGUUCAAACAGCUUUGGCGGCAAGAAAGCCGACAAUCCGCGAGUCGGUCUCACUAGACACCUGUAUCGGUAAAGUCGUGGACAUCCAGGAGCUGGAUCCGCACACGAGCGACGGAUCUGAUUGUGCAUGGAUGCAGCAGAUGGAGGCUGCAGCAGCGAAGGGCCCGAGCAGCGGUAGUAAGCGGUCGUUUGACGAGAUGUCUACCGGUAUCUCUGCUGGCAGCACUCCUGAGAACGCGCCUGUGGUUGGCGAGAUGGCGUUGAUGUACUCGCAGCCAUCUCGUCACUUUCUGUGUUUGAGCAAUUCGGGCAUUCAGGUUUUCAAGAAGAUCCGGCCACUGGAUCAACUCCAUCGCGUACUUUUGCUUUCUCGAGGACACGAGCUCAAGGCUGCGCUCCUUCCGUUCAUACGCUGCUUCGGCGAGGUCCAAGUUGUCUGUAUGCUGAUUGCACUGGCAUGUGGCGUCCCAACCGAUCCAUUGGUCAGUGAGACCUCCACGGCUGCUUCGCUGGUUGCGCCGCAUCGGGAUGGUUCAGCAACGAUGAAAAGUGAUGAUUACAUCUAUUCAGCUGCCGUACAAUCUAUUUUUGAGAUCGCUCAAGGUCCUCCAGACAACAAGCCUGCAGAGCCCGCAGGCACGUCCACGGCCGUCGGCUCCUCUAGCACAACGUGUAGCACACGCAUUGUGCUUACGACGGAGUUUGGCAUGACAUACCAGCAUGACGGUCUCGUCGCGUUUGCUUGUCGUGUGCUACGUCCGCUAUGGACAACAACGACACUCGGCCGGCGUGUGGUCACUCGCGUGCCUGAUAACAGUACGAAUUGUUCCACUUCAUCCGCCAAUGCACCUGCGCAGAUGACGGGCUAUGAGACUGUCCAUUCCCCCGAAAAGCUGGAUGAGAUACGUGAGAUUUUGUUCCAGCUGAGGCAAUUGAUGGAAAGCGCUGGCCCGUUUGCCGUGUCAAUUAGCGGAGGUGCCGCACUCGAAAACAAUCCUAGCUUGGACGGUAUCGUAGACGAAAAUGAUGGAUCUGGACUAUCGCGCGUAUCGGAACUCGUGGAGCGUCACCAGAAGUCGCUCAGCGAAGACCAGCUGAAGCGCGAGAUGCGGUAUAAAGCCGAGCAGCGGUCCUUGUAUUAUCUUUAUCAGGUCGUGCUGCGUAGUAUCGAAGCCAUUUCUCUCUUGCGGAUCGCGCAAGAUUACAAGGUAUCACUGGAGGAGCCUCUUGCACGCCUUAGCUUCAGCGAUUUUGUGACCACGAAGGAUGGUUUAUUGGCAGCUAAGACGAUGACAAAAGCGCUGAUGCGGGGCCGUAAUGCGAACAACCAGUUCUUGAUCAAGCAAUUACGCGAACAGUGUCCCACAUACUUUUCUGUGUCAGAUUUGUGGCACUACCAAGGCUACCGAAGCUUGUCCGAUGCUAAGCUUAGUGGGUCCCCCGAGGCUCGCAAAAGUCUGUUGAGAGAGUCUCUGGAACAAUUUUUGAACUCGUGCCACAUGUGGGACACCGAAGAUUGCUUGGAUGUGCUGCAAGGCAUUUGCGAAGAUUAUGCGUUAUUGAACUUUUACGAAGGCGUGGUGAAGCUCUCGCUCGCCUGCGCGAAGCACUUCCACGACGCAGCGGCUUCGGAUCUGAGCGGUGUCAAACAAACCUGGAAACGGCGGUGCUUUGGCUGCAUUUUACUAGCACUUCAGCAGCUUUUGGGUGGAGAUAAGAACGGUUCAUCUCGCGCUAUGGCAAACGGGGCUAGUCCGCAAGCUGUGGAAGAGAUGGUGACGCUGGAUGACGAUACACGGAACAAGUGCGUGGAGGAAUUGCUACACUUUGCGCUGGCUUCUGAGGACGAUAGUUUCCACAGCCUGCUGUACACUUGGUUGUAUGAGCAUGGACACUCUCACGUGCUGAUCUCAGUUCGUUCCCCGUACAUUGAAGAGUUUUUGAGACAGAAAGACCAGGAUCUGCUCGUAAAGUUAUACAUGGAACAGCAGAAAUAUCUUGAGGCAGCCAAGGUGUGGUGGGCGCGUGCCCAUGAGGAUACAUUGGAUGAAGAUGCGUACGCCACGUCUUCCGCCCGGGUAGUUUCGAGCGACCCGGAUAUCGUCAAGCGUCAAUACUAUGUGUCGAAGUCUUUGGGCUGCUUGAAAGGCUUAGACGAUGUAGGUGAAGCAGCAGAUGCCAUUCGAGAAGUACGCGACGUGCUCGAUGUACUGCAGCUACAGGUGCGUGUCCUGAAGGCACUUGAGCAAAAGGUCAUUGAGAUGGAGACGUCGUCGUCGGCGAAUACCAAGAAGCUACAAGAAAGCAAGACGGAUGUGCAGCUUCUAACCUACAAGCGGUUUGAUGCGUCAACACUAUACAACCGGUUUGCGUCGAAGCACGACAUGUGGACCGAGUGCUUACAUAUAAUUCACGUGUGCAAGUCGGAGGAGGCAGACGUGAUCGCCGCGCUUUGGCGAAAGAUCAUUUUUGAUCUGGUGCCUCAAUCUUCGUAUAAUGCUGCAUUCAAUGCAUGGCGGUUGGGCCAGCGUGAGAAAGCCGGGUUGCCUGCAAUGUCCAGCACUAGUAGCGGAGGUUCCUCUCUUGAGAGCGGAAAUUGGAUUGGUCAAAUGCAAUGCAAGAUUCUGCGUCUGGGCAAGUCGCUCUUCUUUGAAGGCAACGAUACACACAGCGGCUCAGUCGCUAGUACUUCUGGCGUUGUGUUUCCAGUGGAAUUCCUGGCCGACGUUUUGGAGUGGAUUUCUCUGUGGUACAUUCGGUCAAGCGGUGUAGGCACUUUCACUGGAAACGGCGCCUCGGCUUCGGCUAUCAACGAGACGACAUUCAAUUGGGUACUCAAGUUGUUCCUGGAUGUUGGCGUGCCUCACCGGAUGCUUUUGGGCACCUACGAGCAGCUCUACCGCGCGCAACCGGAGCAGCCGUACCGCGAGGGCUGGGCACUACACUUGCUGCAGUCCAUGCUGGCGAUUAUUACCAGUUGGAAGAAGCACGCCACAUCUCCGCGUGCUGGCAAGGACCAGUUUGCGGAGUUUGCUGCUUUCUGUCCAAACAUCGUCGACCUCUGCGACGGCUUUAUCACGGACCUGCGCGCCACAUCACAAGACGAGAACGGAAAGACACCGACGCUGCUAGAACGGUUCCGCCGCGUCAAGGAUGAACUGAUGAACUCCAGAACUCGCAUGUAG